AGUAGGGGUAUUGGACGCCAUAUAAUACCUGUUACGGGGCCGGUAAACACCGAAAAUGGGGCGAUUUUAGAGCGUUCAAACGAGUAUAUAACAAAGUAAAAAUGCUUGAAAUUUGGUAUCAGUAGUUGAAGGAACUCUUUAUCUCUUAUUUUGUCCAAGUUUUAUUAAGAUACCUUCAAUGGUAAGCGCGAAAUCGCCGAUCGGGUCGCGCGAGUUUUCCCGGCGGCGCCAUGUGCGCGCCCUCCCCGUGCCGAAAAUUUCAAGAAGGCGCUGAUCGCCGGAGCCCGCCCGCGCGUACCGUGUGCAAAAUCCAGAAAAAAAUAGCCACUAAUUUGUAGCCAAGAAUACGAGCUUUCGAAAAAUGCCUUCUUUUUUUCUGUACGACGUCAGGAUCGAAAGUUGUCCGCAUGUGAAACUUUCAAAGUGCGAUAUCUCCACAACUUGCCCCCGGGGCAAUUUUAAAAGGAAACCAUCAUAUGAAAAUUCAGAACAUUAGCUUUAAUUUGAUGCAAGAUUCGCAUAUGUGCGAUCCUGCUGUACGCGCGGAAUAUGGGGUUACUUUCCGGACGAUUUUGGCUUCAACCGGGUAAACAACAAUGGCGGCCGUGGGCAGCUACGUGCCGGAGCGCUGCCAUUCCGCCGCAAAUUUGACGCCAUCCGACGUCGUAGAGUUCAUCACGACCGGCCAAAAACCAGCAAACUGUGAAACAGUUCUAUGCUCCACACUACUUCUGCUGGAGUGUGGGCUACGUGACCAGGGCAUGAGUGCCAACGAACAUCUUCCUGGGCUUGUCCAUGCCAUCGACAGUGCUGUGGAGCUGCCGACGUACUGCUCGAAUGUGUUGAAGAAAAUUUGGAAGAAAGCUGAAGAGUGUGGACAGGAAGACCUGGACAACCUUCUUGCAUCACCUGUAAGCUCAGUCUACAAACCUAAGAAAAAGGAAGACCCCAACAAGGUUGGAGAAGAGUGUGCAAAGGCUGGAAUAACACGUCAUGUGUUGGACAAAGGCUGGGACAACCCUCCUAAAAUAGUUGUGACAAAAAUGAUGGUGGCAGAGAUAGAAGGCUACUGCCAACCUGAGACUGACGACGAUAGAUGGGUGGGAAGAGAUAGAUAAACAGUACGUGCAAUAUUACAACAGGUACUUCGCCCAAACACAGCGUGCCGUCAAGUCCAAGAGGAACCUGAAAAAGAAGAAAAGGACAUGAGUAAGAUUAGGACCAAUAGAUCUCUAUAGACUUUAAUAUUGUUAAGUUUUAAGAUAAGUUUUAUAUAGUAGAAGAUGGAUAAAUGUAUACAAAACAUCUAUGUUCUGUAAGAAAAUCUGUCGAUGCAUAUAUAAUGAGGGAACGUCAUAAAACUGUGUGUAAAUUCAUAAUAGUACUAUAAGAUGAUGAGAUAUGCCAAUUUUGAUAGCAAAUUUGGAUUCAGCACGUGCCAAAACCCCCUAGAUGUGAAAUAUGUUGACAUACAAUGAAAGACAUGGGAGAAAAUGCAUUCGCGCAUAAUUAAUUAGGCCGACGGCAAUAAAGUCAUAAAAGCACGAUAUGGAGAUAAGAUAUGCCACUUUUGAUUGUAAAUUCGGAUUCAGUGUGUGUCCAAACCCCUUAGAUGUGAAUUUGGAUCAGAUAUGUUUAAGUAUAGUGGAAUUAUUGUGGUUUUGCAUAUGUAAUUAGGGGGACUUAGAAAUUUUUGGCAUUUUGCCAAAAUCAACGGUUUCCAUGCGUGCUCCCGAAGAGCAUAUUGUUCAAUAUUUCAGGAUUAUGUAUUUCUGUAAAUAAUGAUGCAAUGAAUCUGGUUUUUACACAUCAUUUAAUAUGAUAUCAAUAGAGCAUUGUACAAGUAAAUUGAAG